AUGCCUGCCCCAGUUUACAUCAUCUCUCGGGUUGCGGAUCCCAUCUUUGCCGUCUUCAUCGGCGUUUCCGCUGCGGCUUUGAGAAUCAACCGCGAGGAGAAGGAGAAAGGCCGCACCACCCAGGAGAUCUUCCAGGUUGCUCGUCGGCGCCUUGGUCUCACCUCGACUGCCAAGAGCUCGUAAGCUACUACUAUCUGAUCAUGUCAACAUGAUGCAGUCACUUGGUACCGAGAAACAGACGGUUGCGGCCAUGGUCGCGCCUUCCUUUUCGUAAAAUUUCUCAUCACCAUUAUCCCAC